AAUUGAUAUGUUUGGAGCAGAGUAUGAAGUAGUGAAUAGGUGGAUAGCGUAUUUUAUUCUUUUCACUUAAAUAAUUACCCAAUAAUACGGCUUUCAUUCUCUGUCAAACAGACCAAAAGAAAAAAAGGCAGAAUAUUUCCUCUCGCAUUACAGAAUCGCCGCCCAUCAUCAUUCCGGAGCUAGGGUUUUCUUUUCAUCAUCCUAACCCUAACCCUAACCCUAAUAAUCCCAACAGAUUUCGAGGUGCCAGCUCCGUGUUCCUAUGUUUGCUUUGAAAUUGUUUCUUUUAUGCUUGCUUUGUCAAGCUUUGUCAGUUGGCUCAUCUUCUCCAUCAGUUUUGUGUUUGUCAUUUAUGCUUCGUUUCAUUAGGAUCUCCGCAACUCUCGUGGUUAUCUUUCUCUGAGGAUUUGUUUGAGUGAUAUUUGCUUUCUCUUCCUUUUUUUUUUUUCUCUUUUUGUUGAAAACUUGAAAUUUCGUGUAUGCGUUCAAUUUUCCCCCUUCUUUCUUUCCUUCCUUUUUUUUUUUUUUUUGUCUUCAGGUAAGGGGUUGAAGAUUUUCAGUGGUGAUUAGUUUUGAAUUUGAUAGUGUUGUCCUCCACUGUCCCCAUUGUGAACAUAAAUUGUCGGUCGUAAAAGGUUUCACUAAAUUUUAAAAUCCUGCCUAACAUUUUUUUUAGGAAUAUAAUUAUCAAAUGAUGUAAAUUGUUUCGACUUUUUGUCAGUUUCUCUAAUUGCAAAUUAUUGUCUAAAAUUAUUGUUUUUUGAUCCAUCAGGCCCUCUGCCUCAGUGCAUGUAGUUGUUAUUCUUCAACCCUGAUGUCUUAUUUUAGAAAAAAAAAGAGGUAAAAUGCUGUCACAAAUCAUUUGUAAGGGGAUAGUCUGUAGUUAUGGUCUCACAACUUCGGUGACAGUAUCCUAAUCUCAAAGAUUCAGUAAUUGAACUGAUCACCACAUGAAUCUUGGUCAAAUGCCUCUCAAUUGUUCCCAGAAACUUCUAAUAAUUGAAUAAAUAUUAGUUUUUUGCCCUAGUUAACUAUAUAGGAUGCUUGUGAGAUGAAACACCCAAUGCAAGAAAAUAUAGAACACUGUUCAAUGCAUAAAGCCAUGGUUCAUUGAACCAGAAAACCACAUUGAUUGUCAGAUAGGUUUAGAAGUGAUAAUGAACAAGUUCUCUUGUUAACUUCUUAGAGCUCACUUGGUAUCCCACAGUUGAGAGUUAAGACUGCCAUAAUUGUUGAGAAGUUGAUCCUUUUUAAUGUUUUCCCCUAGAUUUAUAGGGCAUUAUUUGGAAUAGCUUCAAGUUGAUACUUUUUAAUGUUUUCCCCUACAUUUAUAGGGCAUCAUUUGGAAUAGCUUCAUAUUUUUGGCUUUAACCGGAAGAUGAAGCCAAAGUCAUAAUUUUCAAAUGGCAACAUUAGUAUUAUAAAAGUUUUAUUAAAUAUGAAAGAACUUCUUACAUAAGCCAAAAUAAAGCUUCUACAAUAAGUAACAUUUUCUUAACUUCCAUAUUAAGUUUUUAUUUAUUUAUUUAUAAGUCAUAAGCUCUUUGAACAAAAUCAACGAAACAGACUUAGAAGCUCUUAUUGAGCUUAAAAAAAAGCUUUUGACUUCUAAGAAGUCAAUCCAAACAGAGCCUACCUAAGCCCCUCAAAUAAUGGGGUUUCCACAUGGCAGAAACUCUUUUGUGAAAGACAUUGAUAUUUAAGGGAGUGGAAUUUGUCUCUUUUUUAACUGCUUUAUUGGUAGAGGUGGACUGAUACGGUGUUUGUUUGCCUUUUGAUGGGUGGGAUGUUUUUUAUAUACAUAAUAUAUAAUAGGGUUUUCCUGCCUUAUUGGCCCUUUGAAUGAUAGCUUCUUUUACCUAUCAAACAAACAAAAAAAAAGAUUAGGGAGACGAAAACAAUAUAGGCUUUGUAAUCGAUUUAUAUUGCAUGGAAAAAGAAGGAUAAAUAGUUGUCUCAUUGUCAUGUUGUUGUCACCACUAGUUUGCAAUUGGGAAAAGAAUAAUAUGUUGUGUGAUCUAUGGUAUCUACAAGAAACUGUAGUCAAUAUGGAUAAUGUAAAAUGGAGAGGGGAGGCUUCUGUCCACUCAGCUUGUGUAGAUGAUGGUUGAUACUUCUGUCCAUUGAGAGGAAAUCUGUAUAUAAUAAGUCUAACAUAUGGUCGCAUGAUAUACACAGAUUUUUUUAUAGGUAAUAAGAGGGCUUACAUUAUAAACAUUUAAAAACGUGAAAACAGUACACACGAAAUAUACACAAUGCCCCAAAAAGGCUAGGCAGUAAGAAUACAUGAUUUACAUAUAUAGAUUAAUGGACUUAAAUUAAAUCUGUGAGUGAUAUUCUGUAAAACCUCUGCACGAUCGAUGUUAAAUGCAACCAAUGAGAUAGAUCUUGAAUCCUUCUUAUUCUUUGAUUCCAUUUGCAAAAUCAGGCAAUACAACAAUAUAUUAUAUUAAAGAUAUUUCAAAAGAAUUUUUUUUUUUUUUUUUAAUUACAAAAAGUACCAAAAUAAAGAACAUUUUUCUGGUGACAUUUGCUAGACACUAUGAACUUAAGGAAUUGCCUGAGGAUUGUUUUAGUUCCAUGAGAAACAGGGUUUUGAAUAAAAAUAGUUGGAAUUUUAAUACUUGCAAGCUUAGUUGAAUUUAUCUAACCCUAUGGUUAGUUGUUAAUUAGAGAACUCAGGAUUUUUCUUCUCUUCCCUUUUAUAAAUUGCUUUGCACUCCACACUGGUACAUAAUGCCCUUUCUUUUAUGCCACUUUUGCGUGUUAUCUUUAAGCUAGGGACUUUGUUGUCCUGGUCUUAACAUGCUCCACCUCUCAGGCUAAAUACUUUUAUGGAAUGCUGCCUUGAAUGAAGUGCAACAGGAGAGCAAGCAACAAGCUGAGUCUUCUGGAGUGGUAAAUUUAACCAGAAAGUUGCACAAUCACCAGUGGAUUUUGAAGUGCUCGUGUAUAUGCUUUAUUGUAACAUGAGAGUUCAAUAGUCCAACUUGUGGGAUUCACUCUGCUGGGAAGUUAUUAACCUCAGUCGAAUUUUUCUUUGAUGAGAAAUACUGGUUUCAAUCCUUGAUAGGCUUGCACUAGAUCACGAUACUUCUUUACUGUUGCCAAUAGAAAAUAGCUAACACGGGUGCACUUUGUUGUGUGGCCGCUGGGCCACAUGGAGCAAAAACAAAUACAGGUGGAGACCACUCCACAGAUCAUGGAGAACCACAAUGGCGGACAAACUCUAGCUUUUCUCCUCCUCCAUUGCGGACAUGGGAUUGUAGAUUGCAAUCAGACGGUUUGCCUCAUGGGUCCUAUGGUGCUCCAGAACAUGGUUCAUCAUUUUCCUUAAAUAGCAAAGAAAACAGAAGUGGGGUGGACAGCGAUAGGUAUGCUAACCAUCAUCAUUCUGUGUCUGACGGUGCACUUUCCUAUUCUGGUAGUCCACCUGAUAAUUACCAGGCACCCCGCUGGACCUCACCAAUGCUGAAAUUCAAUCUUGGGGAGUUUGCUACUUCUUCCAUGGGAGGAUCAAGGUCCGAGGCCUUUUGGCUUCCCCACUCCAACGAGAGACGGUAUACUGCUAGAGCAUCUGCAACAUCUCACAGUUUUGGGUCCCCAUCCUCACUUCCUGAGUCUUGCCAGUGGGAAUUAUCUACAAAACAGUCUCUUUCUCUCCCCAAUCGCAACUCCUCUGGUCGGCGCUCCUUUAUGUCAAAACCUGUUUACCCAUUAGUGUUUCGCAACCCUGUUUCAGACUGUGAAGCCUUUGGUGAUGCAGAGAGACCUAGCCUUGGCAGGCUCACACCUAGUGAUGAUCGGAUCCCACCAUCUCAUUGGCCUGACAGCAAUUCAAGUACUGAGCACAAGUUCCAUAGAAGCCUCACAGAGCUUCAAAAGUUGGAGACAUCGCCUGAUCCCAGUGCGAGCUCUAGAAGGGAGGGUUUCAGGUGGAGCAGUGCCAGUAGUUUUGACAUGGGGUUUGACGGAGAAACCUUUGACAUGGCGGAGCACAUGGAUGUAGAAAGCCAGAGAUCCCCUGUCUGUCCUGUGGGAGAUCAAAGGUGUGGAAUUUGCGGAAAACUUUUAUGGCAGAAAUCUCCAUGGAGUUCACAUCGAAUCAUGAGAGGUAGUGACAUGCCAAUUGCUGGGAUACUACCCUGCAGCCACGUGUUUCAUGCAGAAUGCUUGGAGCAAAUGACCCCAAAGGCCCAGAUUCAUGACCCUCCAUGCCCCAUGUGCUUGAAAACAAUUGGAACAUUGGAGGAAUCCCCGGCUGUGUCGGAACCCUUGCAGAUGGCUUUAAGAACAGUAAGGCGGAGCAGAGGGGUUGUGAUAAGUGGUGGCCAAGGAAACCACAGGAAUGAUGAAGCUUCAUGCAAUGACAAUGACAAAGAAAGUGUGAGAAGGAAGUGGCUUUGGACAGUGCCUCGCCCAAACGGGGGCAGUGGCUCCUUGCUAAAGAAUCAUCUUAAAAAGCAUUUCAAGUUUAAAGGGAAAAUGGGUCAAGAUUUCUUCAAUAGAAAGGUUUUCUGCAGGAAUGGGAACGGGGCAUCAUCUUCUACCUCAGUCCAAUAGUUUCAUUUAUGUUAUUCACUUGAUUGUAGUUUUCACUGAGUGACAUUAGAAUUUUGUAGGAUUUUACAUGCGUGUUGAACUGUCUUUUUCUUUUUCUUUCUUUUUUUCAUUUUUUUCUGUUUCCUUUUAGCCCUCUUGAGAUAUAAGCAUCUGGGAAAAGUAUACUAGUUUUAAGAGUUAAGUUACCAAUUUUAAUAUUAAUUCCGAUCAAUGUAAGUUCUGGCUACUGUUGUUGGCGAUGGUGAUUGGAUUCAUGGAUUCCAUUCUCACAUUUUGAUUUUUGAGGCCUUUCUUUUCAUGUGCAUCAAUCAGACAACAAUCAGAAAAUUUCAGCCUAGUUAUGUGUUUGCUACUAUCGAUUCGGCAAGACAUUCCAGGAAUAAACAAACAUAUCAUAACACCCAAUGGACCUUCAAAGUUCAAACUAUAAUUUUACAUGUAAAAUUUUGGCUGUACACAUUUUCCAAUCACAUUGGACAGGGCUCUCUCUGACGACAUCCUCCGAUCCGAUCCAACAUUUUCUCAACAUGUCGUUCAUUUC